CGCAGUAGCAACUUAGAACUCGGCCACAGGAAGAAGGAACUGCACACACAUACACAUACUCUACCACACUUCAAAAUGUUUAAGCCAAUUGUCGGUUUGCUAUUACUGGUCGCACUUUGUGCCGCCGAAGCGCCAACGCGUUUCCGCACAGCUGCACGCCGUCCAGUCGGCGCCCGUGUGCGCUUCCUUGCACGCCAGGAGGCAGCACCUGCACCUGCGCCCGCGCCAACGGGUUAUCCUGCUGCAGGUGUGACACCUGAAAUUCCCUUCGACUUGCCCACAUCAACUGCCCAGCCGGAUUUGACCUACUUGCCACCAGAUAAUACCUAUGGUCCACCGUCACCACCACAGCCGGACGCUACGUACGGCCUACCAGCGCCACAUAGCACCUACGGACCACCGACUGAAGCGCCUGUCACGCCUGACGCUGUAUACGGUCCACCAGACAACACCUACUUGCCGCCCGAAGAAAGUGUCACUGAACGCGAUGUGGAUUUAGCGGUUGAUGUGCCAGCGGAAGAGGAGGAGGAGGAAGCUACCGUUGAAGAGCAACAGCCCAGUGAACCAGAGCCGGAAGUAAGCGAUGAGCCCAAGGAAGAAGCAGAGGCGCCCGUUGAGAAUAAAGAGGAGGAGGAGGAGCUUUUCGUUGCCGUCGCUGAGGAUGGUUCCGUCAUUGCGGUUAGCAACUCGUUUGAUGCCCAGGACCAGGCAGCGGCAGAACAGCCCGCACGUUUGGUUUUCCAACGUUUCCCACAAGGCAGACGUCGUGCACCGGCUAGCGCGCCUGUGCCCGCGCGUCUGAUUAAGGCGCGUCGUGUGGCGCCCGCCAAGUUGCAGCUGCUGCAGCGUGUGCAACCGCAACCAAAGCCACAGCCGCAAGGCUUCUCCUUCGCAUCGCAGUACACCGCCUGGUAG